CAGGGGAUCAAGUGGGAUUGUCAAUUGAGUUCGUCCAUUGCAGGUCAAUGGAAGAGGAAUCUCAGUUAACCAAUGGGAAUCGCCGCAUUGUACACAUAGACCACAUAGAUCUUGACGCCCGACGUGCCAGCUUGGCCUCCACUAUUACGUUGUCUUAAAAAUGAAUGAGUCCGCAACUCUAGGAGAACCUGUACCUCUUCGAGCGAGGGCCGAUAGGGACGGUCAAGGCAGUGUGGACCUCAAGGAUGACGACAAACGCACUCUAGUCGAUCCGGACGUCGUUCGUGACGUUGUGAUCGGUCUGUCUGACGGUCUCACUGUCCCCUUUGCUCUCACAGCCGGUCUUUCGUCCCUCGGGGAAUCCAGACUUGUGGUUCUUGGCGGUAUGGCAGAGCUCAUUGCGGGCGCUAUCUCCAUGGGCAUUGGUGGCUUCCUCGCGUCCCAAGCUGAAAGAGAUCACUACCAGUUCUUGAAACGACGCAUCUCCGCUCGGGUGCAACGUAGUUGCGAUGAUGACAUCGAAAGAGAAGUAUACGCGAUACUAGGACCCGCUGGAGUUGACGAGCGCACCGCGCAGGCGGUCACCAACAGUUUGCGAGCUGUCGAAUCUGAAGGGAGCGAAGGUCCAAUCGAUGAGGAACGACAACAACUUACAUGGAAAGAUGACGUCAGACUCACUACGUUCCUACUCCAAUUCGGUGAAGGACUCAAGGAGAUACCGGCCGAACGACCUUACCUCUCUGCCAUAACAAUCGGACUUGGUUACUUGGUUGGCGGCAUUAUCCCCUUGGUCCCGUACUUUUUCAUCAGUCGCGCACACAUCGCGUUGCUUUAUUCUUGCAUCCUCACUGGCCUCGUCUUGCUUGUCUUUGGCGCCGUUAAAGCUCGAGUCACUGGUGCCAGCGACAAUGCGGCAGGAUACGUAUGGGGCGCACUAAGUACCUUAAUGGUAGGUGGGGCUGCAGCAGGCGCUGCGUACGGAAUUGUCGCGUUCUUUGAACGGAAGCCAUAAAUUCAAGUCAGGUUCGGCUGCUCCUCACCAUACGGUGUAGUGGACUGCAAUAGCAAGAGUAACCCUACUACAUCCGCAAGAUACCACGUGUACGAUUGCAUCUAUGGCUUGCAAUACCACGGUUAUUCAGACUCGUCAAAGAAUGCAUAGUGUGGGAAGUUCGUAAUGAACUUCGGCCCAGUCUAACCUAUAGUAGGGAGUUGCACGAUUUCCUCGAGGCGCAAUGUACACCCGAUGUAGAUCGUUGCAAUAGGUAAAACUCUUAAUGUGCAGUAGGAUCAAUACGUAGCAUCAUAAAUCCGUCAGCACAGGGAAAAGACAGCAAGCUUCCACAACACUACGGGACCUACAUAUUAGUAGGCGAAGAACACCCUGCUAUGGUGUUUUAAUCUUCGUCAAUUUGUGGUAUCCUAACUUCUGGUGACUAGUUUGUCGACGACUUCUCUCGUUAGCCACCAGAU